AGUCGAAACGAUACACAGAACGAGAGCCACGGUUUUACGUUGUCGCAUGGAAAACGCAUCACACAAUGUCAUUCAGAUCAUCGGGUGAUGUGCGAACGUGAAUACGUCUGGAAAUAAUUUCAAGAAAAAACUCAUACUAAACGGAUUAACCAAGUAGAACAUUUCUUAAUGCCUUGUCACGGGAAAUCGAUGACUCAUAUCCAAUCGAAAUGUCGCCGUUUUCAUUUCAGUUGCAGUCGCCAUCCAGCAGUCGAUAUUCAAAGAAGAAAAUAGAACAUAUUUUUUGGAAGAAAAUGAUUUUGAAAUGGCCGAUAGUCUGUCUGACUUUUUCAAAUUUAUCACACAGAGAAAAAAAAAUACUGAAGGUAUACACCAAUAAAUCACACUGCCACUGAAUCGCCAGAAUAUAAUAAAAAUUGGUUCGGUUGGAUCGCUGUGUGGCGUACAGUCAAUGACAAUCGAAUGAGAGCAGGAAAAUAGAAGAGAAAUAAAAAACAAUCACUGCUCUAUAGUGCUGUGUAUCAAGAAUGCGAUGCUAUAUAGCUGUUGUGUCAUGCUUAUGACUUUCUUUCUCGAAACAAAAAUUGAUCCGAGCCGAAUAUCGCGAUUAUGUGCGAUAAUGUGUCAUCGAAAGUGGACUCAGCCUCACACCAAUGUAGACUGAGAUGACGACACCGCAAGAACAGAGAAAGAUAAAUUAGCUAAAACGAAGUGAAAAAAGAAAUACUAUGUAGAAACGAAUUCUCUCGCUCAAACAUCAUGUUGAUGUGUUUGUGAAUUUUAUUCGGAAAUUUUGCCGUAUAUAUAUGUUUUUCUUUUCUUCUCUUUCUGUCGUUCAUACGCGGAUUCCAUUCGGUCCCGAAUUUCUUUCGUCUUCGUUUUUACGUCUCUGCUAGACUGUUUUGCUAGACAGCUCUUUUUCUAUCCCGUUUUCUCUGAUUCUGUUCGCAUCUCGUUGAGAGUUUUGCUAGCUAAGCCGCUGUGUUUGUUUAAUGUCGUUUUACAGUUUAGUAAAGUACUUUGAGUGCUAAGUGUAGUGUAAAAGUGUUUUACUCGCACGCGAAAACGAACGUAUCGACAACGAAUAAUUUCUGGUUUAGUUCAACUAGAACGAUAGUAUUUGAUUAGAACCAAAAAGAAACGACAAAAUAGAAGAGAAUGGCAUCCGUUCAACGAAAAUUAGUUCACAAACAAUUUAAUUCUCCGAUCGGCCUGUAUUCGGAGAACAACCUCAAGUCAACACUUAAUCGAGAGCUUAAGUUUGCUUCCAACGGCACCAUGGGAGUCGACUGCGAUGACAAUGCGAAGCCUGCGAAUUUGGCCAAUUCAGCGGUACUGAAGCUGCUCGAAGAAGAAGAACAACAAAAGCAGGCUGGAGGAGUCAAACGCGUUACCUGGCCACCCGAGCACGAAUACCAAGCAAGAGCUGCUUCACUCACUCGUCAAUCGCCGGGCCUUCAACCUCAGCAUCGUCAACCAUCUCCUCAUCCUCAUUAUCAAAACGGUGGCCAUAAUCCAUCUGGACAUAGUCCAGCUGCACAAUAUCGCCAGCUAUCACCAGCUGCCAAUUAUAAAAGUCCCCAAGCCAACUAUCCCGGUCAAUACUAUCAAUCACCAUCAUCAAACUAUCCACAAUCGGGAUACCAGCAACAAUCGCAUCUGCAACCAUCCUAUCAACAACAACUGGCAUAUCAACAACAAGGAGGAUACAAACAGCCAAGCCAGCAACUGGGAGGAUAUCAGCAACCAAGCGAACACCCAGGCUACCAACAACCGGGCUAUCAACGCCAAAUUUCGGAAAAAAGCCAAUAUCCAUGUGGCCAAGAUUUCAAUAGCCCUGAUCCAACUUAUUUGAGACAGUCCACUCCUAGCUAUUUGCCAACACAACAACAAAGCAAUAAGCCACCAAGCUGCACAGCUGCCUUUACCGGUGGCAUCUCUGUUGGUAAUAAAGCCCAGGCUCAAGCUAAAAAUCAAGGCAAUUGGUCGCAUGUCCAACCAUCGAGACCGGUUCAUGUGGGAUACGUUCAACCACAGUAUAAUAAACAAUCGCAACCACCAUUUCAAAACGAACCGGCAUACGCCGUAAAUCAAAAUCAAUAUCAGCCACAACAGCCUUAUCAUCAGCAGCAACAACAACAACAACAUCAAUACCAACAAGCGGCUUUCGCACAGCCAUCAGCUCAACAGCAUCAAUACCAAACAAACCAAUCGGUGCAGCCGCAACCGCAAAAGCAAUAUCGUUCCGAAGAUAAUUUCUAUCGACAACCAAGCCCCGGCACCAUAACGUUGCGCAAAGAACUACCGGUUACACAGCGUCCAUCUCUUCUUUACGCAUCUGAGCCGGCUGCCUAUAGCUUUGGAGGAGGCGGCAACAUGCGUGGAGAUAACAAAUGGCCACCCGAAGAAUACAAGAAACAAAGCGAAAUUGAAAAUGAGCAACGCAGACAAUUGGCGUUAGGACCGGCGUUCCGGCCUCGGCGAGUUAACAAAGAUUACACACCGUUCUUCAACCGCCACGCUUUAAACGCAACUUACCCUGGAUAUAAGGCACCACCAGGCACCCAACACUAUGGUUAUCAAUACCCUCAAUAUCCACAAUAUCCACAAUUUCAUAAAUAAAUAGCAACACCAAUGUUGAAAAUCAUCAAUUGAAACAAAUAAACUCUGACCAUCAAUUGAAUCAAACUACGACGAAGCAAAGAAACAUAAUGAUAAACACUUUUUUUUUACAUAAUUCAAUUCAUUUAGGUUGUUUUUGAAAUAAUUCAAGAGGAAUUACUUAAUUUUUGUUUGUUGAACACUAAUCCAUGGUUUUCUUUCAUUUUUUAUGAACGCCUUGCUACGGGACUAUUGCUUAUUUGCGACUUUUUACAUUUAAAUUUUAGAUUAUUAACGAAAACAUACAAAAAAAAAAUGAAAAGAAAAAACGAAAAAAAUAAUGAGAAAAAAAUGAGAAAAUGCUGAAAAGGACAAGAGACAAAAUGUUGAUUAUUCAUUGGUUUAAUUGGUAUUGGUAAUAGAUUUGGUUGUAUUGGUUGUUAAAUUGAUUGUACAAUGUAAAUAUAGGGCCAAAAUAUUGUAUUUUAUUUGUAUUUUCCGGUCGAAAAAAAAAAUCAGUAACAAACUGUGAACCGAGAACAUUUUGGGCAAAUGUUUGGAAAUAUUGUGACGGAUUUUGCUUUAUCAUUGAGCAUGAGAACGGAUUGAUUUGGCACUAGUAAAAUGAACUAGUGAAUACAAAAAGUUAAAAAGUAAUGCGAAUGCAUCGGAUGAGCGGCGAGUAUAUUGCGGAUUUCAUCACUAUUGGAAAUAUCGAAAAUCCCCUGUUUGGAUACUUUGUUUAUUACGGGACAGAAAAGCAUUUGAGUUGAUUAUUAUCGCAUACAAAACGUGAAAUAAUAGUCAAGUCCCGGAAGUGUUUUUUUUUUCUGCGCUGUGAUAUACAGAGCAUCCGUGGUGUUUAUAUUGUAAUCAUGACAAUUUCCUUGAGUGAUGUAAUUUUCAAUGAAUUUUCCAUUUUCGAUUCAGUUCGUUUCAUAUUGCUAUUGACAUUUAUUGCCGAUUGAUUGGCUGCAUUUUGACUAGUGUUGAAACAAUUACACGCUACUCUCCGUUCAAACAAAAUUGAAAUAAUUUACAAUAUUUCGCUGUUUGCACAUCAACAAUCGAUGAUCUAUCGAUGUGGAAAAAAAAUGCUGCAUUUUCCGGUAAAUUCAACUGCAUAAUUAUACUUAUUUUCAUGCAAAUAAUUGAAUUGUUUGUAUUUCAUUCGAAAACUCGGCCAUAAAAUGUGUGUGAACUUUUUUAAUCGAAUGAGUUAAAUGAAAAUACCAAUGGUAUUCUUUUUACUGGUUUUGCAGUAUAACGUAUCGUGGUUUAUCAAUCGAAAUGCGAUUUUAUUUUGAUGAAACAAUCAUUCAAUCGGUCAAAAUGACAUCAAUUAAAAUAAACAAUUUGUAUGAGUUUAUUCCAUCAAAAAGUUCGCAUAUUAGAGGAUUCUUUUGUGCGUCCGUUGACAUUCAAAAGUGUCAAAACCCAUUCAAAAACGCAUCAUUUUCAUGAAAGUAAACAGGAAAUUGCGAGAUAAAAGCGUGUUUGAAUUGUAUCGGUCAACGCACACAAAAACCGCAUCUCUUUGUGCUUCGUUCAUUUGUAAACAACACAAUAGCUGCCAGCCAAUGAUUGGCGGUGGAAAGGUGAGGAACAAAAAACACACACAUAUUGACCAUCAUGCAGAGUGCCGCCUUUGAUUUUGUCUGUUUAUCCAAUUGGGAAAUAUUAAUAUAAUAUAGUAUAGCUGGCGGGCAAAAAACGCCAAUAAUUAACAUAAAUCAAUGGGAAACAUUUUUAUCACCGUUAAAAUAAAUAAAUCAAGCAAACAAACUAUCCGCAAACAUCAUUUGCUCAAUAAAUGAUACGUGAAAAAAAAAAACAAUAACAACAACACGCACACGGACCCAAUUAACGCGGGCAACGGGAUGAAAAUGAUUGAAUUCAUUUUAACGGUUAAAAACAAUGUUCGGCCACAACCAUCCAUGAAAAUAAAAUAUUUUAUCGCUUAAUAACAUUUUCGAAUUUCAUAUUUAGUGGGAAUUUAAAUUUAAUCAAUUUGACAUUAGGGAUAAUUAUUUGUUUAGUAGCCACUGUUAUUUGUUGUUGUUGUUUCAUUCGAUAGCAAGAAAAUGAAAAUGGAGAACUUUAAAUAAAUGUUAUGCUUUCUGCUCAAAAUGAUAUCUGCUCUUGCCUUGUCAUGCAGAACGGUUUAAAAUUCAUUUUGAUAUUGAUUGAUUGAAUACUGUUGAUUUGUUUUGACGUUUUCUUCUCUACUUUUUCAUAAAACAGCAAAAUUGCUCUGAGGAUAGACAAUGUCUAAAGGGAAAAAAAGGACCAAAAUUUUUUUUUCAUAGAAAAUAUAAUUAGAUUGUAUCAUAUAAAAAAAGAAUGUAAGUUUCAAGCUAUUGACAUAGAAUUGAGUGACAGAGACAAAAAAAAAGAACAACCAAAAAAAUAUAUGAUGAAGCAAUUAUAUGAAUAGAUUUGUACUGUACCUUAUGUUUAGAGCAGAUGUUGAUUGAAGUGAAACUUGAUCAAAGCAACAAAAUGUUACAAAUAAUCCUACGAUAUGCGCUUUAAAUAAAUCGAUCUAUUUUCUUAUGUGUUAACAAGA